UGCAUUGUUUCCGGGGAGUGCGUGCAGUUGUGGGGCCGUGGUGCUCUUGAACAGACCUCAGAGUUUCAGUCGCGGGUAAAUUUCUACUCAUACAGUGCAACGAGCUCCAUGACUGUCUAUGUAGCUCGGCGAUUAACGCCUAUUUACUUCGGCAUAUGUUUUACAAGUUUUCUCUCUGUUGUUCCUGAAAAGACAGCUUGUUUUGUAGCUACUCCGGCUAACGUUAGCAUUUGAUAGCCCCGGUCUGGAUCUCGAGACAGGAGAGACAGAGGAGGGAUGUCGCGCGGGGAGCUGGAAAAGCUGGACCCUGCUGUAUUUCAGAAGCAAGUGCACAAGCUGCACUUUAGCAUGGAAGAAGCAGGAGAUAGUAAUCCGUGCAUGGACACAGACUCAGACACAGCUGAAAAGAAAGAUGGCACCAGGUGUUCUGUCAAAUGGACUCAGGAAGAGGAUGACAAUUUAAAAAUCCUGGUCAAUAGCGUUGGAAAAAAAGACUGGAAAACCAUUGCCAGUUUUUUGCCAGGGCGUUCAGAAUUGCAGUGUGUGCAACGUUGGAAAAAGCACCUGGAUCCUGAAUUAAUCAAAGGCUACUGGUCUAAAGAGGAAGAUGAAAAGAUAGUAGAGCUGGUUGGCAAGUACGGCACUGGACACUGGUCCUUGAUUGCCAGGCACCUAAAGGGCAGGAUGGGUAAACAGUGUCGUGAGCGUUGGCACAACCAUCUUGAUCCACUGGUCAAAAAGAGCUCCUGGACGAAUGAAGAGGAUAUCAUUAUUUACAAAGCCCACUCCAUUUUUGGAAACCGGUGGGCUGAGAUUGCCAAGCUGCUUCCUGGAAGGACAGACAAUGCUGUGAAAAAUCACUGGAACAGCACCAUCAGACGUAAAGCAGAAUUGGGCUUGUUCAAGGAUGAAGCUGACAGCAUUUCCCUUGAUAUACAACAGUUUGUGGAAGGAGAGGUCGACUUCAAGUGUGAUGUUGUAUUAGACACUGAACCAGUAAUUCCUAAAGUGUUCAGGCUAGAGAAGGAGAAGAAACAGAAGGAGCCUGAGAGAGUCAAACAGAAGACAUCCAUUCAGCUUCCACAGACUUUGACAUCCAAGAGAGAGAUCUCCUCCCCGAGUCCCUCCUUGCCCCUCAGUUCGAGUUCCAGUCCCAACUCAAACUCAGGGGGUGCACCUGUAGCAGCACCGGUGGACCAGAAAAAGGUUGUCGAUGCAGCACUGAGGAUGCUUGCUGAGGACAUGCUGCCACUCAGUUUUGUUGAAGGCACAGGCUUCAGGUCAUUCAUGAGUACCAUCAGCCCUGAAUACAACAAGCUAUCUCAACGAGUUAUGGGGCUACAGCUCUAUGAUGAUGUGGAGAGAAGCAUCAAACCUCAGCUCAUCCGUGACCUUAAAGCCUGCCUUGCCAAAACCAAAGAUGGUAAGAGUGCCAUUCAUGUCACGUUAGACCUGUGGGCAGGUGAUCCAUCCCAUCCCGUGGAGGAGCCCAUUGUUGUCGUGCAGCUCCACUUUGUCAGUGAUUCCUGGCAGAUCCGCCGUCCCACUGUGGCGUUCCGUCACCUCAGCCACAAAAACCUCAGCACCACUGUGGCCAGCGAGCUUGAAGGUGUGCUGCUAAGCUACGGCAUCUUUCCUCACAGCAUUGGCUACAUCCUCGUCAACCAAGCCAAAGAAGCCCUGGCUGGGAACAACUUGUUCUGUGACUACAAGAUCAUGUGCUCAUCCAACAGAGGAGAACCAGAUGGAGAUGAUAUAGUGGCAUUUCUGUCAGACCAGAUGUCUGAAACAGAAUCCCCCUUUUCAGAGAUGCAGAUUGGGACCAGGACCUCCUGUGUGGCCAACACACUGCAGCGUGUGAUUAAGGAAGCGCUGAAGAACUCCAGGGUUGUGGAAAACCUGCUCUUGCAGGCCCACAACGUGGUGGCUUUCUUUAGGAGCAGUGCUUACUGGAGUGAGGUUCUGAUGAAGGAGUGGAACGUGUCCCUGUGCCCUUCCUCCAGUAGCUGUCGCUGGAACUCCAUGAUGGUAUCUUUACGCCGCAUGGUGCAGGAGUCCGCCUGGAGUGCAGUUAUGACUGUCUUAGCUCAGGCUCGCAUAGAGGCCACUGACACAGCCAGUGCACCGCCGCUAGUCAUGGUCAAAAGGGAGCAAGUGAUUGACAUCCUGGGUCUCCUUGAAUCGUUUGAGGAGGCCUUGCAGGUCCUGCAAGGAAAUGGAGUGACCAUCUCUAUCAUCAUACCUUCCCUUGUUGGCCUUGAUAAGACCUUGGAGAGCCUUGUCACUAACUACACUCACUUUAGCAAGGCCCUGCGUACAGGCCUUCACACACACUUCCAGUCCCUGAUCCACCAGAAGGACAUGGUCCUAGCUGCUAUGCUUGACCCCAGGAUCAAGCUUCAGCCAUUUUCUGAUGCCAAACAUGAGGACCAGACAGAUGUCCUCACACCCCCAUCGAAGCAUGAAGCUCGCGCCAUCUUGGAAGCUUCAUUGAGAAGCAUGGAGGCCUCAGCAUCUCCCUCUGUAGAGGCAGAUAAACACCAGACAAGUGCAGAGUUGACUAAGGACCAGAAUGGUGAAGAGGAAAGCCAGGCCAGUAUGCUGACGGAGACAUCUUGUGGCAGCUCAGAUGACAACAACUUGGACGGUGUUAACGGAAACGACCUCAAGCGCAAGUCCAUCUUUAACUUUCUCCAGCCGCCUGCAAAGAAUAUGAAGACGUCUGAGGUUGAUGUGUACCUGUCUGAGCCGUUGCAUGAAAGCAACUCCAGUGUGGUUUACUGGAAAUCUGCUUCUCGGUUCCCCCAGCUCCAGAGCAUCGCCAAGAACCUGCUAGCAGUACCAGCCACCUCAGGGGGCUUCGACCGGCUGUGUCCAAUGGCAGCCUGUAUCGUAAGAGCCAAGAGGAACCGGCUGCCAUCUCACACCACUGAGAGACUGCUUCUGUACAAAAACUCUUUAAAGGCAAAGACUGUUAAAAAGCCCAGUGGGGUUGCCAAACACUGAUGGGUCAGGUGACAGUUGGUUCUGACUACUCUGUCCUCCAUCCAGAACAUACUCCACUCUUGCUUUUUCCUUCCUGUGACAUUGCAUUAAACAGAAACUCACCAUCAUUUACUAUAAAAUGCACUUUUAAACCCAUUUGACACCCAUCCCCAUGACUUAACUUGAUGACCCUCAGUGACAUUUCAUUGAACAUUCGAUUAAACUUAAUGUGUUUAGCCCUAUAUCUACCUCGAGCUGCAAAGAUUAAUCAGUUAGUUUCUGUACUCCUCUAUGACAUUCAAUUAAAUAUAUUUGAGGACGAGACAUUUGAGGAAGUCAUCAUGGGCUUUGGGAAACACUGAUCUAAGAUGUUCUACAAAUAUAUUGAAUAUGAGCGCAAUGGCAGCCACCAUCAAAGUCACCUCAAAUUGGGGAUUUUUGGUUCAGAUGACUGUUACUGUUUAGUGAGAGGCAGAUUCGCUUUGCCCCUUCACACAAAACUGCUUAUUGUUUUUGAGUAUAAAUACUUUAAAUUCAAAGAUUUAAAAAUGUCAGCUGAAGUGUGAAUUAAGAUGAGUGGACAAAUUGCUUAACAGAUAUUUUAAGUUUUUCUUUGUAGCUGCCACUAGCUUCUUCUUAGAAGGGAGCAGGAGAAAAAGAAGCAGUUGUGGUCAAAGUCCAACAUUUUCUGACUGUGACUUGUACUAGUAGUGCUAAAAGUCUGUCUUAAUGUCAUAUAUAAUAUAUACAUAUAUAUUUUUAAAAAAUAUGAUCAAAUCAGCAGUAAAAAUGCGUAAACAUCAGCCCAUGUUUCUCUGAAUGGACAGAGAUUUUACUCUCAAUGAAGUGUGUCACAGCGAUAGUGGGUAUUUAGUGCCUAAAGCAAAAACUGAAGUGACUGAAUAUGUAAAGCUUUGGAGUGUAAUUUGUCUCCUUGUAAUUUAUUUGUUUUGUAUGCUGUACACUUAAGUGCAGAUGGACUGUGUGUUGGGUUGCUUAACAGUAAAUAAAAUAAGACUCUGCGCCUUUUCAGCUUUUUGUAAAAGCUGUGUUUACUUUAUUAGUCCAUAACAAUUUGUUUAUAUUUUUAAUUUUUACUGCUCAGUGAUGCUUUACAGUUGAUAAAUCUCAAGAGCCUUGAUGAUUUAUCAGCUCUUAAAUUGAUUUUUUUAAUUAAAGAAUAAAGCUAUUUUUCUGUACAGUUUCCUAUA